AUGGCAGCCGGGGAUCCCCUGCACGACCUCUGCGAGGAAGCCUCUUGCUCCAUCUGCCUGGACUAUUUCAACGACCCUGUCAUGAUUGCCGAGUGUGGCCACAGUUUCUGCCGAGGCUGCCUGACCCGUAGCUGGGGGGAGUCCGGGGCAGAGGCUUCCUGCCCCCAGUGCAGAGGAAGGGCUCAGCGCAACAGCCUCCGCCCCAACCAGCAGCUGGCCAGCUUUGUGGAAAUAGCCGAGAGAGUCGCUCUGCAAGAGGUUGGUGCGAAGGGGGGAGUCCGCGAGGAGGAAGCCCCCCUCUGCGUGGCAGCAGUGGCAGCUGGAAAAGGGAGAGUUUGCCAGAAGCACCAGGAGCCCCUGAAGCUCUUCUGCAAGGACGAUGAAGCCCUCAUCUGUUGGGUCUGUGACCGAUCCAAGGAGCACAGAGAUCACGAAGUCCUUCCUCUUGAGGAGGCCUCCCAAGAGUACAAGGAUCAGUUCCGCAACUGUCUGGAGAUUCUGAAGAAGGAGAGAGAGAGAAUUGUGGCCUAUCAAGGAGACAUUGAGAGGGAAAGCCAAGACUUGCUUAAACAAACCCAAGGAGAGAAGCAAGAGGCAGUAGCAAAGUUCAGGCAACUGCACACGUUUCUGGAGGAACAAGAGAAGCUUUUGCUGGCCCAGAUGGAAGAGGUGGAGAUGGAGGUGGCAAAGAAAAGGGACCAGCACCUGGCCGAACUCUCUGAGGCCCUCUCCUCUCUCGAAAGCCUCAUCCGGGAGAUGGAAGAGAAGUGUCAGCUGCCAGCCAGUGAUCUCCUGCAGGAUGCCAGAAGCACCUUGCAGAAGUAUGAAGAAAAGGAGUCAUUUGAGAAUCCAGUGGAUUUCCCACUUGCCCUGAAGUGGCACAUCUGGUACUUCUCAUAUUUCAAUCCCCCUUUGGAGGUCAUCAAGAGGCAAUUCAAAGCAAAUGUGACUCUGGAUCCAGACACGGCCCAUCCAUGGCUCAUCCUGUCUGAGGGUCAGAAAAGCGUGCGAGUGGGAGAAAAAGCUCAAGUUCUGUUCAUCAGUCCGGAGAGAUUUGAGAUGUAUACUGCUGUGCUGGGCCGUGAGGGAUUCACAGGAGGCUGCCAUUUCUGGGAAGUCCUUGUGGGAAGUGAGGAAAGCUGGGCUGUGGGGGUGGCCAGAAAGUCUGUGAAGAGGAAGGGAUUCUUCACUAUUGCUCCUGAGGAAGGGAUCUGGGCUGUGGGGAAGCAGUCAGGGAUGCACGGGGUUUAUAUAAAAGAAUAUUACCCUCCCCUGACUGUGACUGGGGAGCUGAAGAGGAUCCGAGUGUGCCUGAACUAUGCUGGGGGGCGAGUGGCCUUUUUUGAUGCUGACCGAGCAGCCCUUCUCUACGAGUCCUCUGGAGCCUCCUUCCAUGGAGAGACCCUCCUGCCCUUCUUUUUAGUGUAUAAAAAAGGCCACCUCAAAAUCUCUUCCUAG